UUAAUUCGUGUGUUAUUAGAAUAUGUCGAGAAAAAAGUUAAAGAUAAAACAGGAAGAUUUGCUCGUUGUGUAUUUUGUUGUUGUCGUUGUUGUUUAUUUUGCUUGGAAAAAUUCUUAAAAUUUCUUAAUCGAAAUGCUUAUAUUAUAACAGCAAUAUAUGGAUCAGGAUUUUUUACAUCGGCACGUCGAGCAUUUCAAAUAAUUAUUUCAAAUCCAAUUCGUUUACUUGUUAUUGAUAAAGUAUGUGAUUUUCUUAUAUUUCUUGGUAAAUUAUGUAUAACAGCUGGCAUUGGUAUUCUUGCUUUCUUCUUUUUUACUCACCGAAUAGCACAAGCUGAAAAUUAUGUACCUGAAUUACAUUAUUAUCUUAUACCAUUAUUAUUAAUUAUUAUUGGUACUUAUGUUAUUACAAAAUGUUUUUUUUCUGUUUAUUCAAUGGCUGUUGAUACAAUAAUGAUUUGUGCAUUAGAAGAUCUAAGAAUGCAAGAAAAAAAUAAAAAUCAUCAGACGAUGAUGUCGAAAAACUUGCAAAAAGUAUUUCGAGUUAAAAAAGAUAACUAA